CUAAUAUUUAUAUGGAUGGAAAUGAAACACUGUAUACGUGAUUAGUCUAUAAUCCGGACUGCCACAUGACGGCGCGGGCGCAGCCGCGUCAAACCGAUUAAAAUACUACCCACAUAAUAACAGUAGGUUUACGAGCAGGGUAAGGUAGAGGUAGAGAAGUUUACAUCAAUUUUUACGCGGACGAAGUCGCGGGCGUCCGCUAGUACCUAAUAUAAAUGCAAAUGUUAUUUUGUUUGUUAAAAUUCAAAGUUACCUAUGACAUAGGUUGGGUACAUGUUAUUAUUUUUAAAUAAUAUUAGCUAUAGCUACCUAUUAUAUUUUUAUUCAAUGUGACCUACAUUCGAGUUUACUUCCAAUUAAUGUACCUACUACAACAAUCCAAAUGGUUGAACCUGUUACCUCUCGGUUUUCAAUCGGGCACCUUCACUGCCGAGCUAUUGAGUUUUAGAUAUCUUAAAUUGUUAUAGUAACAAUGCAAAAUAUUUCACAAUUAGGAUCUAAUCAAGUAAAAGUUAACACAAUAAUUAUUACAUUGUAGUAAUUUCACACUUGAUAAUUAAACACGAUCCUUAUUAAAAGCUAGCUGGUAGCCGAGUCAUUUGUCGCUGGACCGAUCUGGAGAAAUGUUGCCGAUUUUGAUUUUAUUAGCGUCAUUUUGGCAAUCCGACGCUUUGGUGAACGAUAUAGCCAUUGCAGCUAAAAACCAGUUGCUGGCAGAAAAUGUUAUACCACCCUACCUAAAUUACAAAGGAUAUCCUCAUAAUGACCAGGAUGCAGCCAUCAGUCACAAUGCAGCAGAUUGUCCAAAUACAAGUAUUCUGCUAAAUAUCUUAAAAAUACUGACGAAUAAAUUAUCAAAAGACGACAAGACCAAUUUGGAGCCAGAGAAAUUCAAGUAUGUAUUAAAAUCGAUUAAAAAUUUCCUAGAAACAUUACCUACCAAUCCGGAAAAUGUAAAAAUGUAUAAUAUCUUCAAAAAUCUAGAAGUGCAAUUGAAUACUAUAACGGGUCCUAAAGAAAAACGAGAUUUGCGUGAACGUGAUAAACCAGAUGCUAAAAAUGCAUUGCGAAAUGAUAUUCCAGUACAAGGUUUUACUAACUGUCGAGAUAUGUUAAACGUUCUUAUCAACUUUUUUAAUACAGUUUAUUCCCAAGUAUUGAGAUAUUGUUCGACAACUGAAAAAUGUUAUGAUAAUAACGAAAAUAAGACUCCAAACAUCAAUAAUGGAUUGUAUCGAUUUAAUUCCAAUGAGCCAACUCCAACAAUUACUACGUCCAAUUGGCCAGUGCACGGAAGUCUUAGAAAAGAGUCUCUAACUGCAGGUUCUGAUUUAGUUAACUUCAUUAGGAGUCAAGAAGGAAAGGGAGUAAAUAAUAUCAUUUCAAUUCUCCAAAAUUACAGACCAAGUGGUGCAAGUGGUGGACCAAGUGAUGUGCCAGGAAACAAAUUAAAGAUCACAAAUCCGAAUGUUAUACAGAAUCCUCUACUUCAAGUGAAUCCUGGAAGUUUUCAAGUGCCUAACUUAUAUCCACCUAUAAACGAAAUUAACGGAAAAAUCACUGAAUCGCAAAAUCCUUUAAAUUCAAAUAUUAAUACUGAGCCGUGGCAAUCUACAUAUUACAAAUUUAAAGGAUUGCCCCCUGGCAAUCCUUUUGGAUACACUAAUGAAAGUAAUCAAUUUUCAAAACUCGUAACAGAACAAUUUUACCAACAAAAUAACGUAGGAGUAUCAGGCCCAAAUUAUAAUGGUGUUUACAGUCCAUUGAAUACGGUGAAUCCACCAAUAGAUCCGAUUAAAACAGGAGUCCUGAAUGGUGAUCUAAAUGAAAUGUUCAAACCAUCUAUAACCCCUGAUAAGAACCAAAAGCUUGUUCUAGAUUUUAUAAACCAAAACCCGAAUCAGCAACAAAAUUUAUUGAAUUCGUAUAUGAAGAUGAGCCAAACACAAAUAUUUAAUCCGAUUAAUAAAGUACAAUCGUAUGAUAUGAAUAGUUUAUUGAAUAUGCCUCAGAAUUAUCUGUAUCCAAAUAAACUGCCGCAGAAUAUUCAGCUUCAGAAGCCUGUUUUUCAGGGAAGCUUUUUGAAUCAAUAUCCACAACAAGCAAAUCAACCUAAUUUACAAACAAACAAUUAUUUUCCGGAAUUACUAAAACAAAACGAUUUCAGCUACAACCAAAUUAAGUUUCACAAUGGUCAUAUGUUUACUGAUAACGCUAAUCAACAAAAUAACGGACAAUUAUCAGUAAAUCAACUGCUUAGUGUAGCGAAUUCGGGUAAAUUGAAUACAAUACCACAAAAGAAUGAUGUUGUAGAAUUAACAUACGUGCUUAAACAACCGAAGCCAGUUUAUGAGCCGGCAUAUUACGUAAAAUAUCGAAUGCCUUACCAGACUUUCCUGUUUAAUUUACAAAACAUGUUAGCUAAAAAACCAAACUUGAGAAAUGACCCGACUAACCUCCACCAGGACUUAUUAAUUGGAUCAAAUGUAACAGAUUUAUCUAAAGAUUUGAAAGGUUUGAACUAUGAAGACUUACUUAAACUAACGUCUUCUAAAGGAACUUUAAUAACAGCGAAAAUUGUGGAUGCCAAUAAUACGCUAGUUGAUCGUACAUUGAAAAUUAUUCAGCAGUUAAACUCAAAACUACCAGCGGAAAACAUUAUUAAUUAUAAUAUAAAUGUUACUAAAAACAUACGUUUGGACUCUCAAAAGGAAAUGAACGUUAGUCAAAAUUCUACUAAUGUUAAUAAUAAACUAUUGAAUAACGUUCAAAAUGUUCAAAGAAGAGGUGUUUAUCAAAACUAUCCUUAUAAUAGCCUUGGACAAUAUCCGUCACAUCUACAACCCAAUCCAUAUUAUUUGUAUCAACCCAAACCAAACAUUCUUGGAACUCCAUUUUUGAAUCCUGCUCCACCAAAUCAUAUUUUGAAAAAUCCUGCAUUAUUCCCUUCAAAUACUGCUAAUAUGUAUCCACAGCUUAUGAAAAAUCCCGGAUUAUACCCUUCAAAUACUGCUAAUAUGUAUCCACAGUUUGGUAGAUAAAUUGGUGUUCUAAGAAACGAAAAAUAUAUUACCUAAUACUUGGUAAAAAAGUUUUUAAUUUCAUCCUACU